GGCGGGACUUCCCGUCCUGCGCUUCUGUGACCACAGAACGACUUCCGGGACGGAGCCAGCGAGGGUUCUUCACGCUGUGUCUGAGGCGUGGAUCACCACCAAGAAAACUACACACGUGUUUGGAGUUUAGAGACCUGAUGAGAGAUGGCGUGAUGAUGCCGUAAAAGUAAAACUUAUUUUACUUUUCUGACCUAUAUCCCUUAAUGGAAAGGGCUUACAAGUCAAUAAAGAGGACCGCACCCAAAUCAGAACCCGUUGCUGGGUCUCUCCUACAAAAUGAGUACCUGUUUCACAUUUUUAAGACACUUUGUCAAGCGAUCUGUUGUGCCAUUUGUCCUUCGUAAGAAAGGUACAGGUUUAUAUUUUACCAUUCUACACAAACACUUUUCUUCUAGAACACCUAUUUUGUUUUAUCCUAAUAAGGAGAAUGUCCCACCUAUUGAGAAGAUAGAUUUGGAUGAGUGGAAAAAUACAAUGAAAUCUAGUUUACAAGAGGAAAGAAGUAGUUUUACAACCUCAGAUGAUAUUUUAACAGCCACUAGAGAAUGGAUUGAGAUGUGUAGACUACUUAACAGAGAAGUGCCAGAACAUAUUAGUGAUCAGGAUCUCAAAAUGAUUGCAGAAUGUCCCAGCAAAAAGUCCAAAAAGAAAAAGCUCAAAUAUUUAUAUAUCAAGGAAAUGCAUAAAAAAGCUAAGAAAGAAAAACAGGAAAAGAAAAGAGCAGAAAUGGAUGAAAUUGAAAAGCAAAAACAACUUGGAAAUGCUGAAGAAUCCAAGAAUACAGAGCUAACGAACACUUUUCUGUUGCCACUUAAGAAUAGAGCUUGGAAAACUGAAUGGGAUUGGAGAAACGCCCAGGCAAUGAUAUUUGGCCAGCCUUUAGUUUUUGACAUGGCUUAUGAAAAUUUCAUGCCUGAAAGAGAUUUGAAGAACACUGUGUGCCAACUCUUAGAAAGUGAAGGAGCCAAUCGAAAAAAUAUAGACCCAUUCCAUAUAUAUUUUUGCAAUCUCAAAGUCGAUGGUGUUUAUCACAAAGAACUGAUUUAUCGUUAUAAAGAGAAAUGGGACCAAUUGCUUUUGACAACAACAGAAAAGUCACAUGUAGAUAUAUUCCCAAGAGAAAGGCUUAUCUAUCUGACUGCUGAUUCUCCCAAUGUUAUGACUACUUUUAGACAUGAUAAAAUUUAUAUAAUCGGAUCUUUUGUGGAUAAGUGUUCGCAACCCCGAAUAUCCUAUGCAAAUGCAAAACGACUGAACAUAGCAAGUGAACGCCUUCCAUUGGACCAAUAUCUUCAAUGGGAGAUUGGAAAUAAAAAUCUCACCUUAGAUCAAAUGAUGUGGAUAUUAUUAACUCUUAAGAAUACUGGUGAUUGGGAAAAAGCACUGAAGUUUGUUCCAAAGAGAAAGCAUAGUGGUUUUCAUAAUAUUUCCAUUAAUUCCAAGAAUUUUGUCAAGGAUUUACAGAAAAAUAGGUUGGGGAUUAAGAAAUCCUUUCGAAAAUUGUCUUCAAAUGCAAAGGGCUGGGGAACAUGGUGGAAGGAUGAGUAAUACAAUCUUACAAUCAGUAGUGGAGUGUUUAAAUGAUUAUCAUUAACUUGAACUGUUGUAUUUUUCAUUAGAUUUCUGAUGGGACUUGUGUUCAUCUCUUUAAGUUAUUGCUUCCUUAUUAUAGGCAUGUUAGUUAUUCUGAUAAUUCACUAUAUAGUGCUCCAGUCUCUUGGAAUAGUGCUUUAGUGAGCCCAAGGAAAACUGAAUUAUUAUCAAUUGUGCAGAACAAUAAAUUGUGACAUUUCAUUUUUAA